AUAUAAAUGCUUUGCUGAUUCUUUUUUUUUUUUUGAUCUAUUUCCAUUUCACUCGAAAUAUAAUUUUUUCAGAUAAAUCACGACUAUUUUGGUGUCCCUUUAAGUGGAAGUGGCCAAGGAAGGAAUACUUAGAAAGUAAAGACAAAUCAUACAAAGUGAAAUUAACACCAAAGAAAUGUCCCCAUUAUGCGGAGGUAGAUCACAAUAUACACAUUAAUAGAAUAACAUUAUUUUAUUUUUCCUUUUAUUCUUAAGUACGAACAUUAAAUAUAAAAAGUAUAUAAACAAUUGGUAUACUUAAUGCGGAUAACAAUGCACUUCAUUUAGCCCUUCAUGUGCUGUGAAAUAUCAGAAGGGAUACCAAAUAAAAAGAAACACGACGCGCCAGAAUCAGUCGAUACACCACCAAAGACGGAAAAGAAAAAAGUGGAAGUAACUGAGAAAAUUGACAUCUAUUAUUUCGAUCAUGGGAACUCUGCAUAUUAUCAAACGACGGAUUCACCGCCGAUAUUAGCGACCGAGAAAUGCGCCGAGAAAACCGACCAAGCAGCGACUCGCUUUUGGGCCGAGAUAUUUGGGACUAUUCAUAUCGGCACUGCUUUCAUCACAGCGUUUAUUCUACAAUUGGUUCGAUUUAUACUUUACAGUAUAAUCCGUCCACUGACAGUGGGCAUCUUGCAAUUGUUGGCGGACUAUUUUAUAAAACCCCUAUUGUCGAUUGUGUUCAAUGCCCUGAUACAGCCUGUAUUGAUAUUGUUAUACAAUAUUGCAACGUCUUUCAAGGAUCUUUGCGAGCCUAUCGCAGAAGCGAUAGGGUUGUUCCUACGGGAGAUUGCACACGUGUGUGCGGCGAUUCGAAUCGUCGAGGUGAAACAGGGUACCGCUCCCUCGGUUGCUUGCACUUGAUGAUCGAAUAGAAGAAAACGCGAAUUCUCAAUGACGAAGAAGGGAAUAAGGUACCAAACUCGUAAUCCCUUCU